ACUCAGAGGUAACGCUUUGAUCAUCAGUAUUCCUGUCAAGUCGGUACAACAUAACCUGCACGUAUUUUCGACGUGGGAAUCUUUUUAGCGAUCGUCCCUUUUUUGCUAAAGAAUAAAUAAACCAGAAGGAAAGAAGACGUUCUUUUUGUGGUGCUAUAAAAACAGAGUCGACAACGUCACCUGACUUUAGACUCGAAUUGAAAUUGCCAAGUACUCUCCUUUCUGCAUGCUAGUUUAUUAAGUUCUAUUCCUAUGGAAGAAGCAAAGGAACUGUACGAAGUUCUCGGACUUCCUAUUGAUGCAACCCCUGCACAAAUUAAAGAUGCAUAUUAUAGGCUUUCAAAGCUGUUUCAUCCCGAUAGACAUAAUGUUGAACAAAAGUUAACCGCAGAGCAAAAAUUCCAGAGUGUACAAGCUGCUUAUGAAGUUCUGUCUGAUCCGAUAAAGCGACAAAUUUAUGACAAAUAUGGAACGAAAGGACUAAAAGUAGAGUGGGAUGUCGGACCUGCAGGACAAUCAACUGAAGAAUUGCAAGAAGCUAUUCGCGAACAACUUCAGGCUAAAGAAUCCCAGAACUUAGAUUUAUUGGUACAAAAUAGAACUGAAACAAAUGUUAUGAUUAAUGCUACGCCUUUAUUCGCAAAGAAUUUGCGUGUACGUAAUCCCUUGGCGUUAGGUAUGGCUUCUACUAGAGAACUUACAUUGCUUGAGCGCUUUUCUUUAGUACAGUGGGUAUCGUUUCAUUUGAAAAACUCUUUUAGUAUUCCUUUGAGUACUUCUAAAAACUCGAAGUUUCCUAUUCCAAACUUCUUUCAAGGCUCUUCCAAGGAUGAUGAUUUUUCCGAUCCGCUAGAAGAUAAUGAGUCUAUAAAUGGCUCAACACGUCUCAUUUUUAUCACCGAAGCAUCUGCAAAACCAGGCGCCAGGACCCAACCUUCUCUGUCUGCCGUUAUUCGACAUCAACCUUCUGCUCGCUUAAGCACAGAAACAGGAUUAUCUAUUUUACGUCCAGGAAUUGCUACUGUAAAAGCUAUAUAUGCUUUGAACAAUGAAACCUUCGUUAUUCCUAUGAUUCGAGUGUCUUCCUACAAGCGACCACCUCAAGCUACAGUCGUGAUAGGGCGUCAAAUUUCUCGAUACGGCACGUUAUCUGUACGCUGGAAAACUGGAAGUUGGUCUCUAGGUAGUUGGGGAGCUGCAUAUCCUUCAAACAAUGCGUCUUCCUUUUCUAUCAUCUGGCAACAACUAAAGCCCUCACUAGAUGAUCCAUUUCCAGUCUUGAAAUGGAACGCCGAACUCACAGCUGGAUUGUUAUAUAGUGGGGUUGGCUACAAUUAUAACAUUGACACCUUAGGUCCAUAUCAACUGCAAUGUGGAACAUCCCUCAGCACCGUCGGAGGUCUACAAGUCACUGCAGACGCCAAUCGAAAAGUUUUCCGUCAUAGUGCCAUGGGCUUAACUGUUGCUAUCGGUCUUCCAUCCGGUGCCCUUACAUUGAACAUUAGCUGGUCCAGAUUGGGUCAGAAGUUUUCAUUUCCAAUAAUGUGGAGUAGUGCUCUUGACAGAUCUUCUGCCUUUUGGGGGUUAGCUUUACCCAUUGGAUCAAUUUUAGGCGUUGAUUAUUUGUUCUUACGUCCUAGACGUAUAUCCGAGGAGAAGCGCAAAAGAGCUCUUCGUUUGCAACAACAUAAAAAAUUACAUGAUACUAAGAAAGAAGCAGCUGAGCAAAUCGUCUCAUUAAUGAGGGAGCUUGUCCAAAAGAAACAGAAAAUGGAGGCUGAAAAAGGUGGUCUCAUUAUCGAAUAUGCAGAAUACAGAACUAUUCCUAGAAAAUCAGCCUUAACUAAACGCAAAGAGGGAGUUAUAAAACAAGAUGUUACUAUACCAAUUGCUUCCCUGGUCGACGAUUCUCGCUUAGUUAUCCCUUCCAGUGUCUCUAAAUCUUCCAUUAUUGGGAUUUAUCCUUUAUUUUCUGAUGCAGAUAAAGAAUUGUUGAUUGUAUAUAAAUUUCAUCAGCAGUCUCAUCAUGUUUUGUUACGAGAUAAGCAAGGGGUUCUUUUACCUAAUCGAGAGCAUAAGUUGUUAUAAUAAAACUUAUUAUUUGUUUAUAUUUGUAUUGGGAUUCUGAGGUUUGUUUGUUUACAUAUGAAUAAGUUACAUAUAAG